ACAGCGCUGACCCCUGUGGCAUCUCACAAUAAGAAGGUCCAGGGUGGGGUCAUUCCUCCACAUUUGCCAUUGAGUCAAGUAAGACAAGGAUGGACACACUAAUUUACCUGUUCCUAGCACUUCACUCUUCUGGGCCCAGAGCUCUGCUGUUGUUCCUGGGAUCUGCUGGAGCCCCUCUAACAGUUUAAAAGUCACAGCCCAAAAUACCCAUAUCAGUAGGACCAUUUUGGUCUUGAUUUUCCUCUCCAGUUCAUCCUUUAGACCCCAGAACUUUUCAGUGUCCCAUCCUCCUUCUUCCUGAUCUUGCUGUCAUUUACAGAUACAGAUUAACAGAGUUGGAAGGGACCUUGUAGGUCAUUUAGUCCAACACACCACCCAAGAAGACUUUAUACCAUUUUUGACAGAUGGCAGUCCAGUCUCUUCUUGAAAGCUUCCAGUUAUGAAGUGCCCACAAUUUCUGAAGGCAACUUCUGUUCCAUUUGACACUGUUUCAUCUAUCCCCACCUCUGUCUUCUUCUCCAUGACCUCUUUGUCUGGUUCAUUGGCCAGGACCUGCCUGUCUGCUUUGAUCUGGAAGUCACAGAGGAGCUUAGCCCUCUUAUUCUUCACAACUUAACCUGCCUUUGAGAAUGAAUUUUCUGCAACAGGGCGAACCCUUCCUUUCAGGGUCGCUGCUUUUGGCCUUUUGAGGCCGCAGACCCUCACUACAACCUGACCCCCUUUCAAGUCAGGGUUAGGGUUAGGGUAGCUCGCGCCUCGCGCCGCCCUCGCUCGUCCCUCUGCCCUCCGUCCCCGACUCCUUUUUCUCCAGACCAGUUGCCGCUCACUUCGCUUCCCUCCUUGGUGCGUACGUGUGUGUGCGCGCGCGCCAAGGCUUCCACAGGCCCCGCCCUCUGCACCCUCCCCCACUAAGACAAGCGCCGGCAGCGGGCGGAUAGACAGGCAGCUACGCCACACCCCAGCCGCGGUCAUUCGUCCAAAAAUAGGCCGACGUGCUCCUCCCAGUUCCGGCAGCAACCGGCCUUCUCUCGCCGCUAUCCGCCCCUCUCUUCUUUCCUGGAGCCACGCCUCAGCGGGUGUUAACGCGGGAUGAACGAUCAAAAGGAGGAGGAAGCUAUGCCCUCCGAGGGAGAGAAACCUGAGGCUGAGAACAACAAUAAGAAAAACAAAACUGGAGCUUCUCAGGAUUCUCAGCCCUCCCCUCUGGCUUUGUUGGCAGCAACCUGCAGUAAAAUAGGAACUCCUGGUGAGAAUCAAGCAACUGGACAACAGAUUAUUAUAGAUCCUAGUCAGGGUUUGGUGCAGCUUCAGAGUCAAUCACAACAGUUAGAAUUAGUAACAACUCAGCUUGCUGGAAAUGCUUGGCAAUUUUUUGCAGCUUCUCCUGCUUCAAAAGAGAACAACCAGCAAACAUCUUCUGUUGCUUCAACUGCAGCAAGUCUGUCCAAUAGCAACAAUGGAAAUGUAUCCCACAAAACAAAACAAAACAAUUCUUCUGGAGUAACACCAGGACAAUUACAAGUUGUCCAAGUACAGAGUUCAGGUAGUAGUGUUCAGUACCAAGUGUUUCCACAAAUUCAGACAACAGGAAGUCAACACAUUCAGAUAAAUCCUGCUAAUGCCACAGCUCUGCAAGAUAUACAGGGUCCGAUUCAGCUCAUUCCUGCGGGGAAAAAUCAAGCUAUUAUUGCAACUACAAAUAGGACAUCUUCUGGGAGUCUUAUUGCUCAGAAUUUGGCCAAUCAAACAGUGCCUGUCCAGGUUAGGCCUGGUGUUUCUAUUCCAUUGCAGCUACCUAUUGCUGGUACUCCAGCUCAAGUUGUAACUUCAUUACCUAUAAAUAUUGGGGGAGUGACUCUAGCAUUACCUGUAAUAAAUGUUGCAACUGGUAGUAGUUCUGGACAGGUUGCCCAGUCCGCUGACAGUGGACUUUCCAAUGGACACCAGCUAUUGUCAACACCUGUCACAACAGCUUCUGUUAGUGUUAUGCCUGAUUCUCCUCCUCCCUCUUGUACAACUACAGCCUCCACAUCACUAACAGGCAGUGAAACGUUAGUUACUACUGCAGAAACAGGUCAGUAUGCAGACACAGCAAAUAGUUCUGAAACUAGUACUGAAGAAGCUCAGAUGACCACAUCUGAAAGAGAGGUACAAAAUUCUAGUCAGCUUCAGUCUAAUGGGUUGCAAAAUGUGCAGGAUCAGUCAAAUUCACUACAACAGGUUCAAAUAGGAGGUCAACCUAUUCUCCAGCAGAUCCAGAUCCAACAGCCUCAGCAGCAGAUUAUUCAAGCAAUUUCUCCACAAUCUUUCCAGCUUCAGGCAGGACAAACUAUUCAGGCCAUCCAGCAACAGUCUUUGCAAAAUGUUCAGCUGCAAGCAGUGAGUCCAACACAAAUACUCUUAAGAGCACCAACUUUAACCCCAUCAGGACAAAUCAUCUGGCAGACAGUACAAGUCCAAAAUCUUCAAAGUCUUUCAAAUUUCCAAGUUCAAAAUGCUGGGCUACCCCAGCAACUAACUAUUACCCCUGUAUCUUCAAGUGGUGGUACAAUUGCUCAAAUAGCACCAGUAGCUGUUGCUGGCACACCAAUAACACUUAAUACUUCUCAGAUUGCUUCAGUGCCUAAUCUUCAAACAGUAAGUGUAGCCAACUUGGGCGCUGCAGGUGUUCAAGUGCAAGGAGUGCCAGUCACCAUUACAAGUGUUGUAGGUAAGUUCUAUCCAUUUGGAAGCAUAAUAGUACUGUAUAAAGAUAUACUUUCCUCUAAAUGCAAUAAUAUAUAAAGAUAAAUUUACCAUUGGCAAAAUAGCACCAUGCACCAAUCUUGCCUGGGCAUUUACUGAGAGCCUCUCUCCCUCCCUCCCUCCCUCUCCCCUUAAUUUCAUGCUGAAUGAGAGGAAUUGUAAACCCAAGAUUUCAAAUGUAGUUUUGGAUGGUGCAAAGGGCUGCCAUGGAAAGAGUGGAAAUUCACAGUAUGUGUGCCCUGUGAGAUUUUUGGGGGUUUCUGUUAUGUAAUCAAAGUUGACACUUUCUGUCCUGGGUUGGUCAAUUUCCAUCUUUAUGCCUGACUCCUAAAUUUUCUCAUUACCUUAGCUAUUUGUUAUAAAUAACUUAGGUUGCAAUUUUAAA